CAAACCCAAAAAGAUCACAUCAAUGGCACCAACUCUUUGUCACUUCAUUCUCUCUCUUCUCUUCCUUGGUCUUCUAAGUCCCGCUUUCUCAUUAGAAACAAUUCAUAAUGAUGACGAUCUUCUUCUGUCGUCAAUUCUGCAAUUUCCCAAAACACAAGCUCAAGAUCUAAUCAGAGCGCUCAACUUGUUCCCCAAACAUGACGUUAAUACUGCUCAGGGUGACCAUUCGGUCACUGCUCCAAGGAUUGUCGAAAAGAGUUUCAAAUUCCCUUAUCUUGGUGAUUUUGGAACUUCUGUUAAGGAUUUGGGUCAUCAUGCCGGUUAUUAUCGUCUUCUCCAUUCCAAAGAUGCAAGGAUGUUUUACUUCUUCUUCGAAUCGCGGAGCAGCAAAACGGAUCCGGUUGUUAUAUGGUUGACUGGAGGUCCUGGGUGUAGCAGUGAACUGGCAGUGUUCUAUGAAAAUGGUCCUUUCCACAUAGCACAAAACAUGUCUCUUCAAUGGAAUGACUUUGGUUGGGACCAGGUAUCAAACCUUAUAUAUGUCGACCAGCCUACUGGAACUGGUUUCAGUUAUAGUUCCAACGAUGAAGAUAUUCGACACACUGAAGAGGGUGUGAGCAACGACCUAUAUGACUUCUUGCAGGAAUUCUUCAAGGAGCACCCUCAAUAUGCAAAGAAUGAUUUCUACAUAACUGGAGAAUCAUAUGCUGGACAUUACAUUCCUGCUUUUGCUGCUCGGGUUCAUCAGGGAAACAAAAAUAAAGAAGGGAUUCCGAUAAACUUGAAGGGAUUUGCUAUUGGUAAUGGGCUAACUGAUCCUGAAGUCCAGUACAAAGCCUAUACUGAUUAUGCUUUGGACAUGGGAUUAAUUAAGCAAUCCGAUUACAACAGGAUUGGCAAGUUGGUUCCAAGAUGUGAACAGGCAAUAAAACUUUGUGGCUCUGAUGGUGGAAACUCCUGCAUGGCUGCAUAUCUUGUUUGUAAUUCCAUAUUCAAUAAUAUUCUGAGCGUUGCUGGCGACAGAAAUUACUAUGAUAUCAGAAAGAAAUGUGAGGGAGACCUGUGCUAUGACUUUUCGAACAUGGAAAAUUUCCUGAACCAGAAAUCAGUCAGGAAUGCUCUGGGCGUCGGGGAUAUUGAAUUUGUUUCUUGUAGUUCGACAGUGUACGAUGCCAUGAUCAUGGACUGGAUGAGAAAUCUUGAAGUUGGUAUUCCUUCACUUCUAGAGGAUGGGAUCAAGUUGCUUGUAUAUGCUGGAGAGUAUGAUCUCAUAUGCAACUGGCUUGGGAACUCAAGAUGGGUUCAUGCCAUGGAAUGGACUGGCCAGAAAGAAUUUGUGGGAGCUCCCUCGGUUCCAUUUUCAGUUGAUGGUGCAGAGGCGGGACUGAUGAAAAACCAUGGGCCUCUCACUUUCCUCAAGGUCCAUGAUGCUGGCCACAUGGUUCCCAUGGAUCAACCUAAAGCUUCACUUCAAAUGCUGAAGAGAUGGACAGAAGGCAAACUUUCUAUGACCGAGGAAGAAGGUGGUCUUGCUCCCCUAUAAUUGCACGAAGAACACUAGCCCUCCUACUUUUCUGUCAUAGCUUUUCAGGCCCUUGCUUCUUUCCUGAUUGGUGCAUAGGCAGAAAUAUUUAUCAUAUGCUUGUGUAUAGGUGCCUGAUUUUGAUGCAUUUGUAGUUAUUUGCCAACAAUCUAUUUCACACAGGAAAAAAUAUCCACAUUAAUGAUUGAUGCCAGUAUCAAGCAUAAGCAAAAUUUGUAAGAUUGUUGUUUUCCAGUUCCCUUUUCGGGUUAACGCCAACAAUUAAACCCUGAAUCAACCCCUGCAUGUCCCAUGUAAAGGCUACGGAUGUUUUGUCAAGAGAAAUUGUUCGAACAUUAGGAAGUUUCAUCUAGAGAACAAAUAGCCAUCAAAUGUUGUGCUAUUGGCAUAUAGAACUUUUCUUUAGGUUUUGUGAUGGGAAUCAAUAGCCUAGAAAACUAGUCAUCCUUGCAACUUUAAGCAACAAUUGACCAUCUAGGAAUACUAGAGGAUGGGGAAUUCACCAACAUUUACCAAACAUAAUCAACUUUUAUUUCAGAAGAUUUGAGGGACAGUAUUGAGUUCUCUAAAGAACUAUUUGCUACCUAGAACACCAAGGAGAGAAUUUUGCAUCAGGCGCCCAUGUAUGUAAACAUCGCCCAGACAGACGAAAGUUACAAGGUUCCCUUCAAACCAAAUUCUCCUGGUCAGCCACUGGCAGGAGGCAUUCUAUUAUGCUUUGCAUGAGCUUUACUUUCUAGUUAAUGCAUCUCCAGCAUUAUCUCCAGAUAUGAUAGGGAGCAUGUUUAGGUCCAAACUCGAAACCCUCAGAUUGAAAUGGUACACACUUCAGUAAUAUGAAAAUGCAUCAACUAAAUAUAUAUAUCGAACGUGUUUAGUAAGCACCAACAGAAUAAUCCAAUCAUUUGGAGGUUGGAUAACAUGGUGCCUAGGUUUGAGAGAAUGAAAUUGCAAACAUGUUUGGCAUUACAGCCAUUACUGAUUGCCUAAAGUUGGGAAGAGACGUGGUCACAAGUAUACUGUGUUAUGUACUAACCUCAACAACACCAACACUCAGCUUCAUGCUCUCAUGACAGAAUCAAUAGCCAGAAAAGAAACUUUUUCCGGUUCUAAAGAGGAAAGUGAUCAGUAAGAUUG